AUGUCUUCAAUCCCACGCAAGAAAUGGUGGAAGAUCCAAUGGUAUUCCGAUGAUGACACGCCCGAAGAGCGCAGAUUUCUCGUCAAGCUCGAUCUCAUCGUUGUGCCAUACGCAGUUCUAGCAUACUGGGUCAAGUACAUCGACCAGUCCAAUCUCAACAAUGCAUACGUUGCAGGUCUGAAAGAAGACCUGGGGUUUCAUGGCAACCAACUGGUGCAGCUGCAGACAUUCUACAUCAUUGGCGCUGUCACUGGCCAGAUACCGUUCAUGUUUCUGUUCACCUAUAUCCCCAUGUACUGGACGAUCCCGUUUCUCGAUAUCAUGUGGGGAGUCUUCACAUUACUGCAGUACCGCACACAGACUUUCGCGGAGCUUGCUGCUUAUCGUUUCUUGGUGGGAUGGUUCGAGGCUGCGUUCUUUCCAGCUAUGCACUACGUUUUCGGAUCGUGGUAUCGAGGCCACGAAAUCGCCCGACGAGGAGGCAUCUUCUACACUGGCCUCUCUCUUGGUACAUUGACUGCUGGCUUGAUCCAAGCCGGUGCCUCACAGAGACUUGAUGGUGUCCACGGGCUUGCUGGAUGGCGCUGGAUGUACAUUAUUUGUGCUCUGAUAACCAUCCCUGUGGGGAUCCUUGGCUAUUUCAUGCUCCCUGGAACCAUUGAUCAACCCAACCGCUGGAUCCUGAACGAGAAAGAUGUCGAGAUCGGCCGCAGACGUCUGGAGCGGGCAGGUCACGUCACACACGGCAAGUUCAAGGUCGGGAACCUUCGCAACAUCGUCACGAAACCGCAAUUCUGGACGGUUAUCCUCGUCGACGUCCUCUUCUGGCAAGCCGGCACACACGCCAGCACCGGUGGCUUUCUUCUUUGGAUCAAAAGCCUGCAAAGAUACUCGAAAGCUCGCAUCAACGAGCUCGGCACCAUAGCGCCUGCCUUGGGCGUUUUCUACACGCUCUUCGCCUGCUUCGCAUCCGACCUUGUCAUGGGCCCUGCAUGGGCAAUCACUAUGGCCUCGACCUGGAACGCCACAGGCCUGCUGAUCCUCACUAUAUGGAACGUCCCAGAAUCGGCCAAGUGGUUCGCCUUCUCGACCGCAUACGCUUGCAACGCGUUAUCCAGUGUGUUCCACGGCUGGGUCAAUAAUCUGCUCAAGGACAAUCCUGCCGAGCGAGCCUUCACGCUGGUCCUCAUCAACGCCAUCUCGCAGUCGUCGACCGCCUGGACUCCGCUGCUGGUCUUUCCCACCGUGGAAGCGCCGCGGUAUCCCAAAGGCUGGCCAUAUUGCUUCGCUUGCGCCCUCGCACUGAUUGUGGCGACGUGGGCUCUGUAUUGGUACCUGCAACGCACAAAGGUUCACAAGGCGCUCUUGGAGCCGGGGAGCCCAGCAUCAACGCCGGAGGCCUCUGUGCUUGAACAAGGAAAGGUUGUUGAAGUGUCCCUGGCGCCUGCGGCGGACGAGCAGGAAGGACUCACCAAAGGUGUCGAUUGA